UCAGUGCAAAGGGGGGAAAGAGCUGAGCACAGUUAUAUGCCCACUCUUGAUGCUGGAGGUUACUCGCACUGACACCCUUCAACCAAACAUUGUUCCUACACAGCAAGGACUCAGCAUUCUACCUCAGUGUUCAGUGAAUGACCUGCUAAUACCUCAAGAGGUUACAUUGCACUUCUAAUAAUCCAAAGUGCAGAAAAGCCGUUGGAAUUUGAGAGGCGAUUACACACUUUGACACGCUGCAGCAACAAGACCACUUUUACUUCUUUUGGAUUUUUUUGGGGGGGCUUUUUUAAAAGACCCUCUCCGGAGCACUCUGCCAGGAUUUUAUUUGAGCAUAAUGUCAUUGUUGUUUUAAUGAAGGUGCUGCACUUUGGGAGCUGCCAUUCUCAUUGGAUUUUGUACAUAUUUUAUGCAAUGAGAGCAGAAUAAUUCAGCUGGUGCUAGAGCAACAUAUUCCUUUUUACACGUCUAAGUAUUUUAAAGGAACCUACCAACAUCAGGAUCCAGAGCCAUUAACAUUAAGUCACCUUCUGUGCAAAACUAUGGCGUUUGGUGACCUCCUAGAGCAGGUGGGCAGCACAGGACGCUUCCAGAUCCUGCAUGUGACCCUCCUAUGCAUACCUGUCCUGAUGAUGGCCAGUCAUAACCUGCUGCAGAACUUUGUGGCUGCAGUGCCGUCUCACUACUGCAGUGCGCACACAAACCUCUCUCAGUCCCAGCUGAGCCCCGAGGAAACGCUGCUGAUCACAGUGCCUGUGGACCAGGCAGGGAGGCCGGAGAGGUGCCAGCGUUACGUUGCUCCACAGUGGCACCUCCUGGUUAACAACGGGACCUCCGCUUCAGGGGAGCUGGGAAACACUCAGGAUGGUUUGGAUGUUGACCUGCAGGGGUGCACGGAUGGAUGGUCCUAUAACAUGACUGAGAUGAGCUCAACGAUCAUAUCUGAGUGGCAUUUGGUGUGUGACAUGCGCUCUCUGAAACAAAUGGGACAAACAAUCUACAUGGGCGGUGUGCUUGUGGGAGCUCUUGUCUUUGGAGGUCUGUCAGACAGAUAUGGUCGACGCAUCCUCCUGCUCAUCUCUAACCUGCUGAUGGCAGUGGCAGGAACAUGUGCUGCUUUCUCCAACUCCCUCCCCCUCUUCUGCUUGUUCCGGUUUGGUUGUGGCAUGGCUCUUUCUGGCCUGGGACUCAACACCUUCUCGCUCAUUGUGGAGUGGAUCCCCACGCGUGUGCGGACUGUGGUGGGGACAAUAACCGGUUACUGUUACACGGUGGGACAGUUGAUCCUGGCAUUAAUAGCCUACUUCAUCCGGGACUGGAGGUGGUUAACCCUCGCUGUGUCAUUGCCCUUCUACGUCUUCUUCCUCUUUUCAUGGUGGUUUCACGAAUCUUCAAGAUGGUUAGUCCUGAGUAAUAAGUCUGAGCAAGCCAUCAAGAACCUUAAAAGUGUGGCCAAAUUUAACGGACGCCAUGAAGAGGGGGAAAAAAUUGACAUUAAAAUGCUGCAAGAGUCCAUGAAGAAAGAGAUGUCCUGUUCUCAAGGCUCCUACUCGGUCCUGGAUCUGUUCCGCACACCCACAAUGAGGACAAUGACAGUCUGCCUCAGUGCUGUCUGGUUAUCAACCAGCUUUGCCUACUAUGGUCUUUCUAUGGAUCUGCAAAAGUUCGGGGUGGACAUCUACUUAAUCCAAGUGAUCUUUGGAGCUGUUGACAUCCCUGCUAAAGUUGUCGUAACUGUGUCUAUGAGUUUUAUCGGACGGCGUCCGUCACAGUGCGGUGCUCUCAUUGCGGCUGGAGUCACUAUUUUGAUCAACGUGCUGGUACCUUAUGAUAAACAGACUGUACGCACCUGCCUGGCUGUCUUGGGCAAAGGUUGCCUUGCUGCGUCCUUCAACUGCUGUUACCUUUACUCUGGAGAACUGUACCCAACCAUCAUUCGUCAGAAUGGCAUGGGCUGGGUGUCCAUGAUGGCUCGUAUAGGAGCCAUGGUGGCUCCUAUGGUGCUCCUCACGGGGGACUACAUACCUUGGCUACCAGGUUUAAUCUACGGAGGAGCUCCGAUCCUCAGUGGGGUGGCUGCAGUAUUUCUUCCAGAAACACUUGGCUCACCCCUUCCUGACACAAUACAAGAUGUGGAGGAAAGGGGAUCUGGGAAAAACUCCAAAACGUCACCAAAGGAAGCAAUAAUCUUGCAAGACACCCAGGCGAAUCUCCUAAAGCAGGCUGCCUGAGGGCAGCUGUAUUGUACUCCUGAUGUUUUUGCUGCCAUGUUAAUGAAAGUAGAGUGGGUACUGCUUUUUCUCCAGCCUGUUUAUUUGUUUGAUUUCCAUGAAGAGUAUAUUGUGUCUUAUGACUGCUGCACAAAUGUUGCUAUGUUAUUUUUGGAGAGGUCAAUACAGUGAAAUGAAUAGCUGCAAACAAUCAGACCUAUGUUUAUUUGUUAUAAAGUAGCUUUUGGGACUUAAGUCUCACUCUGCGCCAAUUGUGUUUAUAUUUUAAAUAUAUGUGUAAAAAAAAAAAGAAUGAUUUCUAUAUAUGAUCCUUCCGCCGGUUAAAAACUAUGCUUUUACUGGUGUUUUUAUAACUUCUUAUUCCUUUAUAUACAACUCUGCAUUUGUAAACAAAAACAUAUUUUCAUUAAAAUCAACAUCUCUUCA